AAACCCUAGCAACCCCGCUUCAGAGCUCGCUUCUUCCUUCUUCGAUCCAAUCUCAACAAUGGCUGAUGCCGAGGUGGAGGUGGCGGCCGGGGGGCAACCGAAGAAGAGGACGUUCAGGAAGUUCAGCUAUAGAGGGGUCGAUCUCGAUGCGCUCCUCGACAUGUCCACCGACGAGCUCGUCAAGCUUUUCCCUGCUCGCGCUCGCAGGAGGUUCCAGCGGGGUCUGAAGCGGAAGCCAAUGGCUCUGAUCAAGAAGCUGCGCAAGGCGAAAAAGGAGGCCCCUCCUGGCGAGAAGCCUGAACCAGUCAGGACUCACCUCCGCAACAUGAUUAUAGUGCCUGAGAUGAUAGGGAGCAUUGUUGGGGUAUACAACGGCAAGACCUUCAACCAGGUUGAAAUCAAACCUGAGAUGAUAGGUCACUACCUAGCGGAGUUCUCCAUCUCCUACAAGCCUGUGAAACAUGGUAGGCCUGGUAUUGGUGCCACCCACUCUUCAAGGUUCAUUCCGCUCAAGUGAGGAGUUUCGUUGUCAUAUGCUGUCAAAAUUUUCUGUACUUUGAGCUCCAUUUAGUGGUUUUUUUUUUGAUGGAAACAUUUUUUUCCCAAUUUAUGGAAUUUUGACCUGGAUAAAUUGUUUAAUCUGGAUAAUUAAACUCUCUUCCAAUGACAAGUUCAGUUUGAUCUCCUUGCGUA